AUGGCUACGAGGAUUGCUCUUGAUAGUGUUGAUGGAAGGAGUGAGAACAUGGAGUUUCACACCACCUUAACUGAUGACGGUUAUAAGAUGCAUUUCUCUGCGACCAGGCCAGUGGUAGUGCCAUCAUCUGGACAGAUUAAAGUGAGUCCUAGUCCAACCAAGUUUACCAUCCUGUAUAAGGGGAAUAUGUGUAUUUAUGAAGGAAUUCCUGCAGAAAAGGUGCGUGAAAUUAUGUUGAUUGCUUCUGCAUCUGCUAAGUCUGCUGAAAUGAAGAGUGGAGUCCCUUUGACUUCACUCAUUCCCACAAGGCCUUCUUCUCCACAGGGAAACUCUACUAAUUAUGCAAACAAGAGUUCCAUUUGCAGGCUGCAAGAUGAAUUCCCUCUAGCACGCAGACAAUCACUUCAAAGGUUUCUUGAGAAGCGAAGAAACAGGUUGGCUAACAAAGGACCUUAUGCCUCAACAAAAAACUUGGCUCACAACAUGGAGAACAACUUCUGCUCUGACAACACACCAGAUUUUGGUUCCUUGGACUAUCAGAGGAGGAAUUUCAGCCCAGUGUUGUUGCCUCUUUAA